AUGUAUCGCUUUGCCACUUCCCUAGCCUCUAAAGUCAGGAUUGCCAGGAACAGCAGUCAACAGAUUGGAAGUAGGUUGAGUUGGAGCAGGAAUUAUGCGGCCAAGGAUAUUCGAUUUGGUGUGGAGGCUCGGGCUGCGAUGCUUAAGGGUGUUGAAGAGCUUGCUGAUGCUGUGAAAGUUACAAUGGGUCCUAAGGGGCGUAAUGUGGUGAUUGAGCAAAGUUUUGGUGCCCCUAAAGUGACAAAAGAUGGUGUCACUGUAGCCAAGAGCAUUGAAUUCAAGGAUAAAGUAAAAAAUGUAGGUGCUAGUCUUGUAAAGCAGGUUGCAAAUGCAACCAAUGAUGUCGCUGGUGAUGGUACUACAUGUGCGACAGUUCUUACUCGAGCAAUUUUCACGGAAGGGUGUAAGUCAGUUGCUGCUGGAAUGAAUGCAAUGGACCUGAGGCGAGGUAUAAAUAUGGCUGUUGAUGCUGUGGUGACAAACCUGAAAAGCAGAGCAAGGAUGAUUAGUACUUCUGAAGAAAUAGCUCAGGUUGGGACAAUAUCAGCUAAUGGGGAAAGAGAAAUUGGUGAGUUAAUUGCAAAGGCUAUGGAGAAAGUUGGCAAAGAGGGUGUAAUCACUAUCUCAGAUGGUAAGACACUGUAUAACGAGUUAGAAGUUGUUGAAGGAAUGAAGCUUGAUAGGGGCUACAUUUCUCCAUAUUUCAUAACUAACCAGAAGAACCAGAAAUGUGAACUUGAGGAUCCACUCAUUCUAAUCCAUGAGAAGAAAAUCUCAAGUAUAAAUGCUAUAGUCAAAGUAUUAGAGUUGGCUUUAAAGAGACAAAGACCUUUGUUGAUUGUUGCCGAAGAUGUGGAAAGUGAUGCCCUUGCAACUCUUAUUCUAAAUAAACUUCGUGCUGGAAUCAAGGUAUGUGCCAUCAAAGCCCCUGGUUUUGGUGAAAACAGGAAAUCUGGACUUCAGGAUCUUGCUGUUCUUACGGGAGGUGAUCUUAUCACUGAAGAGCUAGGCUUGAAUCUUGAAAAAGUGGAUUUGGAGAUGCUUGGCACCUGUAAAAAGGUAACAAUUUCUAAAGAUGACACUGUCAUUCUUGAUGGUGCUGGUGACAAGAAAGUAAUUGAGGAAAGAUGUGACCAGAUUAGGUCAGCAAUUGAAAAUAGCACUUCAGAUUAUGACAAGGAAAAGUUGCAGGAACGCCUGGCCAAACUUUCUGGGGGUGUUGCAGUGCUUAAGAUUGGAGGAGCCAGUGAGGCUGAAGUUGGUGAGAAGAAGGACAGAGUGACAGAUGCCUUGAAUGCAACCAAGGCUGCUGUAGAGGAGGGCAUAGUACCUGGUGGCGGUGUUGCUCUUCUUUAUGCAUCAAAAGAAUUAGAUAAGCUUCCAACUGCCAACUUCGAUCAAAAGAUAGGCGUACAAAUUAUCCAAAAUGCCUUGAAGACACCUGUCCACACAAUUGCAUCAAAUGCUGGAGUUGAGGGUGCUGUCGUUGUUGGAAAACUAUUGGAACAGGACAAUCCUGAUCUUGGAUAUGAUGCAGCAAAAGGUGAAUAUGUUGAUAUGGUUAAAUCCGGAAUUAUUGAUCCAUUGAAGGUGAUCAGAACCGCCUUGGUUGAUGCCGCCAGUGUAUCCUCUUUGAUGACAACGACUGAGGCUGUUAUUGCUGAACUCCCAAAGGAAGAUGAGGCUCCUCAAAUGGCUGGUGGCAUGGGUGGAAUGGGGGGAAUGGGUGGCAUGGGUUAUUAGUAAUUGCUAUUUCCCUGUUAAUUUGGGUUCCUUUUGGAGAACAAGAAUGGUCCUGGUGCUCCACUAAUUUUUAGCUUUUUUGUCUUAUUUUGUUAUCAUAAGGCACCCAUGUAUUCAUAGUGAGAGAUCGAAGAUGUUAGUUAGGAAAACGUGAUGAUUGUUUUGAAAUGGUAACCAACUUUGGGACCAUUUUUACAUCUACAUUUUGAUUUACGGAACAUUGUUUCCCUGAUAAUUAUCAAUUGAAAGAUGGCCUUCACUGGUUAGCCCCUUCUGCC